UGGGGGAAGCCCGGAACCUGAUCCCGAUGGAUCCCAACGGGCUCUCGGAUCCCUACGUGAAGCUGAAGCUGAUCCCGGACCCCAAAAACGUCUCCAAGCAGAAAACGCGGACGGUGAAGGCGACGCUGAACCCGGUGUGGAACGAGGCCUUCCUCUUCACUCUCCGCCCCGGGGACUCGGAGCGGCGCCUCUCGGUCGAGGUCUGGGACUGGGACCGGACGUCGCGCAACGACUUCAUGGGCGCCAUGAGCUUCGGCGUGGCCGAGCUGCUCAAGGGCCACGUGGACGGCUG